UGAUUACUAUUUCUGCUUGAAUUACGAACAUAAACAAGCUAUUCCGAGGCCGUAGAACAUCACAUUGCGCUCCGCGACGCCACACAAUAUUAACCGCAGUGCGUUUGAAAUCUCGGUGCCGCUCGUAACCAUGAGACAUGAUCCGGCGGAGCGUGCCGCCGCCGUGUCGAACAGAGACGUAACUGGAGAUUGGCAGGGGGCAGCAGGCCGCUGACGCGGGCUGGUUUUGCGGGGACUUAGGCUUAGAGCGACAGCGACACUUGGCCGCAGGCACCGCUGCGUCGGUUUCCUCGAGAACCGAAUGGUCGCCUGCGUCGAGAACGUGACCGAAUGUCAGGUAAAGGGCCGGCGCUGCUACGUCGCGUGUCGCGACGCCCCCAGCUGUAUCAUGCGCUCCUGAGAUGCCUUAUCUGGAGCAUUGCGGCCUCAGUGUGAGCUGCUCACGCAGCUAUACCAGCUAUACCAGCCCGCGGACCUUGUAGCGGUAUUUUUCCUCGCGUGCACAGUGACAAGAGGCUUAUGUUUUAGAAAAUCGAGGCAAGUCUCGGCGCCGUUCGUCGCGUCUGCUUGAUUUCGAAAUGAAGAAGCUCUUCUCGCGAUUCGAGAGGAUUGACCAGGGCGCAGCUAGGGAAGCCAACAACUUUGUCGGAAAAGUUUUCACCGUGGGAAGGCACACCGUCACAGUAGAAGACGUGAUUGCCGAAGGUGGCUUCGCCAUAGUCUUUCUGGUGAAAGGAUCUAACAAUGUGCGAUACGCACUAAAGCGUAUGUUUGUCAAUGAGGAACAAGGCCUGAAUGUCUGCAAACGUGAAAUACAGAUUGCUAGUAAUUUGAGUGGCCACAAGAACAUAAUUGGCUUUGUAGAUUCGGUUAUCAACCAUGUUGGUGGAGGGGUAUAUGAGGUCCUCAUGCUCAUGCACUACUACAAAGGACAUGUGCUGCAGCUGAUGAAUGACAAGCUCCACUCAGGAUUCACAGAGCAAGAAGUUCUCAAAAUCUUCUGCGACAUUUGUGAAGCUGUGUCAAGGCUGCACCAUUGUCAAACACCCAUUGUGCACAGGGACCUCAAGGUGGAGAACAUUCUAAUCAGUGAUGCUGGCCACUAUGUAUUGUGCGACUUUGGAAGUGCCACUGCCAAGAGCCUGAAUCCUCAGGUGCAGGGAGUAGCAGCAGUCGAGGAAGAAAUCCUCAAGUACACAACGCUUGCCUACCGCGCACCAGAAAUGGUGGAGCUUUACAGUGGGAGACUAAUUACUACGAAAGCAGAUAUUUGGGCCUUGGGCUGUUUGCUGUACAAGUUGUGCUUCUUCAGCUUGCCCUUUGGUGAGAGCGCCCUGGCAAUUCAGAGUGGGAACUUCACCAUACCUGACAACUCUCGAUAUUCCAAGCAGAUUCAUUCCCUCAUCCGUUACAUGCUGGAAGUUCAGCCUGAGAAGAGGCCAGAUAUCUUCCAGGUGUCCUAUGUGGCAUUUUCAUUGGCAGGCAAAGACUGCCCUGUUCAGAACCUUCAUAAUUCACCAAUUCCAAAUAUUGAACAGCUUCCAGUACCUCAGUGUGACAGCGAGGGCAAAAUGUCAUCAUCAAAGACUCCAAGAUCAUUGCAGGUACCAGUAGCAGAGGGCACGUCGGUAGCUCCCCGGCAACGGCCCAAAGGGUCGCAAGCGCCACCAGGUGUUGGUGGGUUGCCCCUCAUCCCUCAGAAUGCUUUGCCAUCCUCUCGACGCCCCACACCUACUACUCCACAGCCACAGGUGCCCCCUGUUACACCAAACCCUGGAAGUGAUCCUAAAGAGGAAACAGUUACACCAGACAUUUCAAGUCAUCAAAGUGAAGAUUAUGAAGGUGUACGAAGUCCGUGUGCUGCAACAACACCAUUUGGUGCCAAUGCCAAGCCUGGUCUCCUGCCACCACCACCUCAGGCGUCUGCAUCGGCACCGCCUUCUGCAAUCACUACUCCAAGUCAACCCAGCCAGCCUGGCUCUAAGCUUGGAUCCAGCUCACUCGAGGCAUUCUUCACACCUUACAGCUCUGGUGAACAGAACGUUGCGGGUGCUGCAUCACAGGGUAGCAAUAGUGCAGCAGUAUCAUGCACUGUCGGAGACCAGGCGUCAUUCUCAGCAGCGUCCAAUGGGCCUGUCGUUGGCGGAAGCAGUGGCGGUUCAUUCGUGCCUUCUGGUUCAAAUCUUGCUACUCCAGCUGCACCCUUAACAGCACAGCAGCAGCAAGGGAUUCAGGCUCAUGGUGUCAGUGUGGACAUGAUCAGCAGUACACAGCCUGUGUCAGGAGCCUCAUCAGAGCGGCUGGCACCUGCCUUGACACCACCGUCAUCUCCUACACCAAGCCAAAAAAGCCAUCAUCGGCGUAAUGUCAGUGACACGUCAGCCUUCGUCAAGCCAUUUGUGCAGGAAACAUCUCAGUUUCUGGCACCUUUUGAAGUCUCACUGGGCCGUGCUUCAUCCCCGCAUGAGGGCAAUCCCCACUGGAACCCGUUUGCUGAGUCUGCAUCUGCCUCUGCAGUGGAUCCUACGGAUCCUGAAGACCAUCUGUUUGGCCAGGAAUUUGAUAAGAUACGACGAGGCUCGCAGAGCAGCAUAUCCAAUGUGAAGAGUCGUGAGAGUCUAGUCAUGAGCAGUGGCGACUUAGUGGAUCCAUUUGGGGCGGCACCAUUCAACCGUUCAGGGAAACCAGGCCGAGCGAGGAACUCCUCCGGAAAGACAGCAUUGAAUCCUCUGUCUACUACUUCAUCCCAGGCUGGAGGACCUUUAGAGGCAGCUGGCUAUGUGCCACUGUACGAAGAUCAUGGUGAUGGGAUCAUCAUUCGGGCUCGGCAUUGCAGUGAGAACUCCAGUGCUUCUCAGGAGGGCAGCCAGGGUGGGAGGUCUACCAAGGAAGCACUGGCAUCGUUUGGAGCCUUUGCCAGAAUACCUGUUGAGGAUCGAUCCAAGUAUGAAAAGCUUUUAGAUGAUGAAGAUUAUACUCGAGGUGAAUCCAGCCGAAAACACAAGCCAACUGGAGAUGAGGACAAAGAUUCUAUUGGCUCUGCAAGUGAUCUACAGGCAAGGGUUGAGCUGAGUGAAGAGGAAGAUGCUGUGGAAGUUGGUCGACAGAGGGCAAGCAAGAAGUCUGAUCCUAAAAAAGAACUUUUUGUUCUGACUAAGCAGUCUUUAGUGCCAGCAGAUGGUGCUGCAAGAGUUCUAGAAACAGGCAGCUUGCAGGCGCGUGGCUUUCAAGACAUGUUUGUUGGACAUAUGGAGGGUGAGAAGCCGCUGCUAGAGGAUGAAGAUCAGCUAUCAGAGACUGAGAUAAGGCCUGCCACAGAAGAGGAACAGCUUAGUGUCAGUAAAGUUCAAAAGAGCCUGCUUCCUCCGCCGAAGCGAGAGUCGUUUCCGACGGAAGGAGCAGUGGCAAGCAGGGAUUGUGCUGAUGUUUUUACACAAGCUCCUUUCCGCAAGCCGAGGCCACCAAGAAAGUUGUCCGAGCCUGCUAGGCCAUCAGUUCAUGCCACAAGCAGCUCCUCUGUAGUCCAACCAUCAGUGUCUUCAGUGCCCCCGCUUGCGUUGCCAACUGCUACAGCUGUUACGACUCCACCAGUAGCACAGCAACACAGCUACACACGCUCUGCGUUUUCCGACUAUAAGGUGGCCGCACAGGAUUAUCGUAUGGACUAUCAGCGUCUCUCUGUGCAUGCUAACUCUGAAAGCGAGCUGACCAGAGGACACUCUGAAGCAGAUCUCUUUGGUUCGGCUCCAUUUACACAGCUGAAGGCAACCCCUAAUAACAAGAUCCUCUUCAAUGAAAGCAUGUCAGUAGUGGCGCAGCCAGCAAGCCGCCAUAACUCUGUCGUGUCAAUGUCUAUGGCACCGCAGCCCCAUGCCCCUAGCAUUCCAACACGCACGCAGAGUCAUCAAGACCUUUUUGGAUCUACUCCUUUUGCUGUGGAAAGUACCAGCAGUAUGCGAGAAACAAUGGAAGCAACUUUGGCUACAGCAGCUCGCACUGGUAAUGUUGCCAAAACUCUUCCUGAUUCUCAUAAAAGCCCAACAAGCUCGGACGAAGAAGGCAGCGUGAGGAAGUUUCGCAAAGACAAAAAACGUUACCAGCAGCUCAGGACAGAAGAUGCAAUUAUGACUGAGGAUUUAGUUGAAGGAGGCCGUCGAGUUGCGGCACAUCUCCGCACUUCAGCAAGUCGCAAGGAUAAGCGGAAAACAGAGAAAGCAAGCAAUGCAUUCUCAAACCUCAGCUUUGAAGACAUUGGCAGUGAGGAAGAUGCAGCAGCAAGCAGCUUUGUUACCGAAGUCCAUUUCAGGACUUCUGCAGUGAGCAAAUGAAUGCUCACUUUCACUUCCCUGUCAGCAGAAAGUGCAAGCUUAUGAAGCAAGAUGUGAUAGUACUAUUUGUACAUUGCGAUAAUUAUGUAUUAUUAUUAUUGUUACUAUUAUUGCGUUGGCAACACAUUUAUAUAUUAUAUACAUAUAUAUAUGAAUAUAUAUAUAUAUAUAUACAAGCCCCACGUAAUUAUUAGAAUGUUCUCAUUUGUUUUCACUGUAAUUGACAGAUGAAUGCGAGGUGACAGCUUGAAAAGGCUGGCCAAGUAUGUCAGCUUUUGUUUCUCAUCUCUGGUUUUAGCUUUCUUCCUCCUUCCACUCAAAACAAUGGUAGCAUGCACGUCAAUCAAAAAUAAAAGUCUCCUUUUGUAUAGCAGGAACAAGUGUUCUGGUGGACACUGGUGCUUUUGUUUGUUUUUCGUUCUAAACACACUGGCUCAGAAAACCUGUUAAAAUGUAUGCUUGUUAGUCUAGUUUUCAUUUCCUCUCAUUGGUGCUUGCUUUGUUGCGUGCCAACAUGUGUGACUUGGGGAGCUGCACUCAAGUGAAUGGUAGGGUAGUGUCUUUCUGGACAUCGGCCUGUUCAUGCUGGCUGUUGUUUCUCAGAACUCAAACCUACUUCAUCCUGUUUGUCUGCUGCAGUGAUGUUAUUUAUUUCAGCUGUGGGUGGUCUCGCAUGUAGCGCUAACUUAAAAGUUGAAAUCCGUAGCAAAUUGAAAGUGUUGGUUGUUGGGCUGCAAAUUCCGUUUUUUGAGAAGCAUGCCAUUGUCAUGUGCACUCAAGUCAGUGAUGGUGCCACAUGUUAAUGCUCUUCCCGAGACUCCAUUGGCUUUGAGCACCAAAUAAUGAGAUUUGCCUGUCCAGGCCACGUCACCUUUUGAAGGGUGUGAUCUAUUAUUUUCAUUCUGUACUUUUUUUUAAUUUCAGAGAUGCAAUUCACUAUACAUCCGAUGAUUGUUUUUUUAUAUACUAUAGUGAAUUACUUGCGUCUUACAGGUAGCACUGUACUGCAGCCUAGAUUUCUUCUUGAAUUGAAUGGCAGAGAGAUAGGAUCCUAAAGAUGAUAUCUACUAAAACAAAGGUCAGUCUAAGAGUCAAUAUAUAUUAGGAAAAUACUUUCCUUAUGUUUUAUAGAUUAGUUGUAGCUAUUUAAUAAAAAAGUGCUAACCAACAA